AUGGGGACGGCGGCCUCCACCCGCGAGCGCGAUGCAAUCCACACGGAGAUGGAGACGGCGGCAGUCUCCUCCAGCAAGCGCGCCCGCCUCGGCGGCUCCGACCGGCUGAGCGACCUGCCAGACUGCCUCCUGCACGACAUCCUCUCCCUCCUCGGGUGCCGGCAGGCCGUGCGCACGAGCGCGCUCUCGCGUCGGUGGAGGCACCUCUGGCGCUCCAUGACCUGCCUCAACAUCGACCAGCGCGAGUUCCAGCGCUCCGGCGUCCCACCGCCAUUAGACGUGUGCCAGUGGGACAGCUUCGAAGACAUGGCCGACAGCCUGCUAUCGACGUCGAUCACCACCCCAUCGGCGCCGCUGGACGCGUUCCGCCUGCACUUGGUCGACGGCAGCAAGAAGACGGGCGUCGACAGGUGGAUCCGCCGCGGGCUCGCGCGCCGGCCGGCUGCCGUCGACAUACACUACGGCUACGGCUACGUCGGCAGAGUCUGCUGGCCGGACACGUCGCGCUUGGCCUCCGGCGCUACCUGCCGCCUCACGAGGCUCCGUCUCUUCGGCGUCCAGCUGAGCCCUAGUUUCGGGCGGGAUCUCGGCGACCAGUGCCCCGUCCUCGAGGACCUGCACAUCGAGAACUGCAGAGAAGAUUUCUGCACCGUCGCAUCUCCCACGCUCAAGAGCUUCGCCCUCGUCAGCCCCUCCGAUUACAGCUACAGGUCCUCCGCUCUUGUCCUGGCGGUUCCUCACCUAGCCUCGUUGCGCCUCGUGCUCCCGUUCAGCGGCUACCGUGGCUACGCCGUCGCCACUUCUGAGAACGAGGUGCUGGCAUCGCUCGUCCAGGCGUCCAUCUGUAUAAAGGACAUGGAUGACGAGGUGCAGCGGAACAGACGGGUGAUGAAGCCGCACAAGCUUGAUUUCUUGAAGUCCAUGUGCAACUUCCUCGCCUGCAUCCCCAAUGUCAGAAAUCUACAUCUCUCGGGGUUCACCACGACGCGGCCGCCGGAUCCUUCCUCCCUACCCCCGCUCCCGUGCAGCGCCGCCGCGCUGCACCGGGGCGUCCCCGCCUCCCUCCUUCGGCCCCCCGCCACCACUCUCCUCUCCGCCGCCAUCGGUGACGCCGCCAGGGCAAAGCUCGAGCGGCUUGGCGGCGGCGGUCUUCUCCUCGCGCAUCAGCUACUCAAGAUCGAUGCAGCGGCUCCGAUCUUGAUCUUCUUGGCGGUGAUGGCGGACAACGGCGGCUGGAGUGUGGCAGCGGGUCUGUAG